CAGGGUCGAAAUCCGCAACCACACAGUCUCCUGGAAUACCGAACACAGAUUCCUAUGCAAGUUUCGUAGCAAUGUGGAGACUACGGUUUUGGAACCGAACAUCCUGAAAAUAUCGAUCAGAAUGGAAACCAAAGGAGGCAAAUCGUUCUACAAAGUUGGGUUUGUCAGUGUGGAUUUGGCCUGUUUCACUGCGCUUGGCAAUGUGACGUCGAGACGUCGCUACAUCUUGGAAGGUUACAACGAACGUCACAAACGUUUGGACAAUUCCCUCCUGUUGGUAUCCUUCUCGAUGCGUCAGUUGCUUGGCGAUACGUGUUUUCGGCCCCCUCCGGAGAACCUUAGAAACUGCUUGAUUGAACCUCCUGAUUCUGACGAAGGUGACUAUCCGUCAGUGGCUGCGACGCACUCAGAAAAUCCAGACUCUGUCGAUUGUGCCAUACUCGAUCCAUCUCUAAGCACGGUAUCCACUCUGUUGAACUCAAAUGCCAUGGUGUGUCCUCCCGCUGUCACUGGAAGCAACUCAGUGUCUAUCGAUCGAAUCCUCGAAUCGAUCAGUUCCACGUCUCCGGAACUGUUCCCUUCUGUCCAACUCUCGCGACCCACGGGGUCAGCACACUCCACGCCUCUGACAAACAUCGCGCGGUCGACCACAGGUGCGGAUUCCAUCACUACUGCGGCACUCCUCCGGACGAUUUUACAAGGCACAGGCGAUGAUCGACUCCAUCACAGGAACCCGGCACUGUCGCAAGAUCAACUGAGUGGUUUACUGACCAAAGUGCUCUCUUCACAGAGCACUGCUACCCUCCCAGACCCUAUCCGCUCUAUCCUGGAGCCCUACCUGGCCCGGUCCACAGAACAUCUGGACGAGACUCCACCCACUCCCUCACUGCAGCCAAGGAAUCUGAACUUGUCUGAUACUGGGACGCAGGCGUUACAGGAGGACCAUGGUUCAGACACGGCUAGCAAGGUCAAUAUUUCGGUAGUUCCAUCGUGUUCGACCGAGCCGUCGAAGCAGUUGCUCUUCCAUGAUGUUCCUGGACGUUCCUCUUCCACACCAACUUCACCGGAUCUUUGUAGUGAUGUAGGUUCCCGAGCAGCGCUUUCAGAUUCGACCGUAACGCAUCGUCUUGGGACAGCCUCUUCUUCAGGAUCCGGAACCCCUGUUUCAGCGUCCACGACGCCAGAAACAACUCCAGGAAGUAGUCCUUUCCACAAUCCUUCCUGCGAGGGCGAAGUCAAGAACCCUGUUCUUUCCGUGCCUCCCGAAUCUCCAGCCAGCCGGAUGGAUGGAGACGCAGAGGUAAACUCAACUAUCUACGAGUCUUUCGACAGUACAACGUGCCAUUCUCUCCCUCUCCCACCCAACUACUCCGCUCGACGGCGCGAGGCCUCUUCAGCGAACGCGACCGGUCCAGCGUUGGCUGUACGGUCCAAGUUUCCAGACUACUUCGCUACAGAUAGUGGCCUUCUGCUGCCAAGCCGUAGACGAAGACUCAGACCAACUGCUCAACUAGUCUUUCCUGACUCGCGACUCGCAUCUCCCUACUCAGAAGUCCGUCAGUCCACCGCAGUAUCUAGUGCAUAUACAUCAAAUUCCGAUGUUAUUCCAGAACUGCAGCACGAGGAGCAUCAAAUUCACACAACACAUAUGAUCACUCGGCAUCCAACUCAAGCUAUGUCUCCCCGGAAACCCUGUCCGUCUACCUGUGGUGAUAGUCGUUCCUCGGGCUACCAAUCUCAUUCAAGACAAUCCAGUUUAGAAUCCCAACAGGCCGGUUCUAGCUCAGCUCUGAUUACCGUCAAUCCCAUCUCGACGGAGAAGGCCUUCGCUGCGGAGUUCGACCGCCGGCCGAACAGCCAGGAGGAUAUGAGGCGGUUCAAGACGGCCAGGAUGGCGCCUGGAUCUGACCCGACCUUGUUCUUCACCGGCUUGCAUCAGUUGUUGGAUCGCGCUUUGCCCGGGGCUGGACGCCGUGUCGCGCCAACANAUCAGUUCGUCGAAGGUGUGCAGCCGGCGCCUGGUGCCCAGUUACGGUUGGCGCGAGCAACUGGCCAGCUGAGUGUGGAGAAGCUCUCCGCAGCGAAGACCUUCUCCCUUUCACCG